AUGAAGACCCGCAUUGGAGUGUACCUCGCGGUAGCCAUCAUCGUCCAUGCCAACGCUCACAAAGACGUGGCAUCUGUCGCGUCGAAGGACGUCACGAAGGCGACUGCAACAUCCCGCGCUCUCGCUGCGGCAGAAACAGAGCUACAGCCGCAGUUGUUCGAUAUCAUCUCGAAUGUGCUCGAUCCCAUCACGGGCGUACUCGAUCCCGUGCUCGAUCCCAUCACGGACAUACUCGAUCCCGUGCUCGAUCCCAUCACGGGCGUACUCGAUCCCGUGCUCGAUCCCAUCACGGACUUGCUUGAUCCCGUGCUCGAUCCAAUCACGGACUUGCUCGAUCCAAUCACGGACGUACUCGAUCCCUUGCUCGAUCCCAUCACGGACCUGCUCGAUCCAAUCACGGACGUCAUCGUGCCCGUGCUCGAUCCCAUCACGGGCCUGCUCGAUCCCAUCACGGACGUACUCGAACCCGUGCUCGAUCCCAUCACGGGCCUGCUUGAUCCCAUCACGGACGUCAUCGUGCCCGUGCUCGAUCCCAUCAUUGACGUCCUCGAUCCCAUCACGAACGUGCUCGAUCCCAUCACGGGUGUACUCGAUCCUAUCAUUGACGUACUCGAUCCCAUCACGGGUGUACUCGAUCCCAUCACGGGUGUACUCGAUCCCAUCACGGACGUACUCGAUCCCAUCAUUGACGUCCUCGACCCCAUCAUUGACGUGCUCGAUCCCAUCACGAACGUACUCGACCCCAUCAUUGACAUCGCGCCGAUCACGAACGUUCUCGACCCCAUCAUUGACGUGCUCGAUCCCAUCACGGACGUACUCGACCCCAUCACGGGUGUUCUCGAUCCUAUCAUUGACGUACCGGUACAGCCAACGUACUCCAAAGGGCCUCGGUAUGGGCCGACGCAUGUCGACUACGCGGCCAACCACCACUACCGGGAGGACUCGGCUGACGUUGACACGGUGACGAUUGCCGACGAAGAGGGGUGUCCCGAGGUGCCAUGCCGCGAGGUCUUGGACUUUGAGAAUGGCAAGUGCACGUACACGCAGCUGCCGCGCGGUACGCUCUGCCCGGGCCAGAGCUGCGACAACGACGGUCCGUGCGAUGCCGACGAGAAUGACUACUGCGACGGCGACGGCACGUGUCUUAACGGCUACAAGGACCAAACCACCGUCUGUCGCAAGGCCCGCAACCUCUGCGACGCGGCUGAGUACUGCCGUGGCGACAACAGCCAAUGCCCACACGACGAGUUUGCGCCGUCGUCCAAAGUGUGCACCAAGAUGGGCAAGUCCACGGGUGGCCCGUGCGACGCACCCGACUACUGCGACGGCCAUGGUCGCUGUGUGGACAAGUUCCAGUCGAGGAGACAUAUUUGCCGCCACGCGGUCGACGUCUGUGACAAUGCCGAAACGUGCACGGGUGUUAGCGGCGACUGCCCUAGCAACAGCUUUGCACGCAAGGGUAUCGAGUGCACCGCGAUUGGCCAAUCGUCGGGCGGCGCGUGUGACGACGUUGACCGUUGCGACGGCUACGGCAAGUGCGUUGACCACUUCAAAAGCACGAAGCAUCUCUGCCGCCGGGAAGCCGACGUUUGCGACGAACCCGAGUACUGCUCGGGUGAAUGUGGGGUCUGUCCCGAUGACGUCGCCGCGCCCAUGGGCAAGGUCUGCACACACAUUGGCAAGUCGAGUGGUGGCAAGUGCGACGGUGUCGAUGUCUGUGACGGCCAUGGUCGCUGCAUCGAAACCUUUCUUGGCAGCGACGUUGUCUGCCGCCAAGCGAGUGAUAUUUGCGACGUGCCCGAGUAUUGCACGAGUUACAACGGCAAAUGCCCCCGCGACGAGUUUGCAUCCCGAACGACCGAGUGCACGUCGAUCGGAGAGUCGUCCGACCACGCGUGCGACGGCGUCGACUACUGCGACGGCAGCGGCAAGUGCGUCGACACCAUUGCGAAGGACACGUUGUGCCACGCCGCCGAGGACCUCUGCGACACGAGCCGCUUUUGCAACGGCGUCCACGCCUGGUGCCCCCACGGCAACGAUGGCGCACGCUACGGUGACGACUACGCCUCGGCCUUUGCGUACAAGGCGCGCCAGUGCUCGGCCAAAGCAACACAGAAGUUUGUUUCGGUGUACGAUGCCCCUGGGGGCCAAGCAGCGCUGCUCUUGGUUGCCGUGGCCAUGGUGGGUGCUGUCGCGGCCAUGGUUGCCGUCUCCGUGUCCAAGAAGGAGGGGUCGUCGAUUAUCUCGAUGGAAGAUGGCUACGUGCCGCUGACUCAAGACAUGCUCUAA